ACCUCAGAAGUACCCGGCCGUAUACUAUGUAAUUGACGCACAAGCAAGCAGGCAGGCGUCGAUCAUAUAUAUCGACGAUCGAUCGGCUCCCACUGCAAGAACUAUCGCUCGGUCAUAUCAUCCGAUCCAUAGCUAAUUAUUAUUAGCUAGCUAGGUAGCUACCAGCAGCGACGAACAGAUCGAUCGACCAUUGACGAUUCAGACACAUCCAUGGCCGAGAACCUCAAGCCCGUGGCCCUGCUGCUGCUGCUGCUCAACCUGUGCUUGUACACCAUCCUGGCCAUCAUCGGCGGGUGGGCGCUCAACGUCUCCAUCGAACGCAGCUUCAUCAUCGGCCCCGAGCUGCGGCUGCCGGCGCAUUUCCACCCCAUUUUCUUCCCCGUCGGCAACUUCGCCACCGGCUUCUUCGUGCUCUUCUCCCUGAUCGCCGGCGUCGUGGGGAUCGCCUCCGCCAUGGUGGGCUUCGCCCACCUCCGCUUCUGGAACUACCACAGCCUGCAGCCCGCCGCGGCGUUGGGCCUCCUUGCCUGGGCGCUCACAGUCCUAGCCAUGGGACUAGCAUGCCAGGAGAUCUCAUUCGACCGACGAAACGCCAAGCUGGGCACCAUGGAGGCCUUCACGAUCGUCCUGACAGUGACGCAGUUCUUCUACGUUCUCGCCAUCCGCGGGGGGAGUCACGGCCCUGUCCCGGUCGAACGCCACGGCAACUUGCCAUGACCGGCCGGCCGUUAAUCAUACGACGAUCCAUGACGGAAGCAACUUGCGGAGGAACUUAAUUAUUAACAUAUCAUCCGAUCCGGCCAUGUGGUCCUUUAAUUUGCUUGUUCCUUUUGGCUUGAUCUAUCGCUGAUUGAUUUAAUAUAAGUGAGAUCAUUCGAUUCCUUGAGUGCAAUCAUUAAUUGGAGACAACUAUAUAUAUGUAUAUAUAUUAGAACUGUACUGUUGAUAUAUUAUAUAAUAUUUAAAGCAUAUAUCAUUCA